AUACCUGGCAUUUUUGGUGGAGGAACUUUGGUUUUUAUUAGGUUGAAGUUGAGUUGCAAACGGUUGUGUUGGAAUUUUCAAGAACAAAAAGAUGUUUAAGUUUGUAAAUUUUGCAUUCUUUUUCGCCUGUUUGAAUCUGGCUUUCAGUGAAACUUGUAAAAAUCCUGUAAUAACAUCACAUUCAUUCACAACACAGGAUUCUACAUAUCUAACUAACAUCGCUUAUAUUGGUGUCUUUGAGGUGAAAUGCGAAAAUGAUGGCAUUUUGAAAAAUAUUUAUGCCGAUCUCAACGGAAAUAUUGCUCCAGUAUCAACUGUAGAUAAAAAUAAGUUCCAGGUAAGCUGGACUGAAGAUAUUAAAAAAGCUUCUUCGGGAGAUAAAGUUGUUAGAAUUUAUAAUGAAGAUGAUGUGGCUACUUUGAGGAAAGCUCAAAGAUCUGGUGAGGACAUCAAUUCUGUGCCAGCUUUAGGAUCAAUUGUCGUCAACCAUCCUGGUACCUAUAACGGUCCUUUAGUGAACGGUGAAUUUUUAGCUUUAGUAGUGGCUUCAGUCACUGUAUAUUAUGCAAUUGUUUCUAAGUUGCAGAUUACUUGUUAGAUCUCUAUAUUUAUUUUUUCUAUUUUGUUAAAAAUAAAUGAUUUGAUAUAUAAAGUA